AUGACCCUCUCAGCCCGCACAGCGAGCAUCUCGCGCGCAACAAAUGAAACCAAAAUCCAAAUUUCCCUCUCCCUCGACGGCGGCGUUCUCCCACCCUACGAACCCUCAACCCACUUCCCCGCCCCAACAGACCCGGAAGAAGCCUCGCAGGCCUUGAAAGGCAUCGUCCCCAACAAAGACGCCAAACAUGCCACCCAGUUCACCCCCACCCAGCAAAUCACCAUCAGCACUGGCAUUGGCUUCCUCGACCACAUGUUGCAUGCCCUAGCCAAGCACGGCGGCAUGAGUCUAGCAGUGCGCGCCAAGGGCGAUCUGUACAUCGACGACCACCACACAACAGAAGACACCUUCCUCGCCCUCGGCGAAGCAUUCACACAAGCGCUCGGCGCACGCCAAUCCCUCGAACGCUUCGGACGAGGCGAUGCCCCGCUAGACGAGGCGCUGUCAUGGGCCGUGAUUGACCUAUCGAGCCGGCCGUGGGCGGUCAUUGACCUUGGGUUCAAGCGCGAGAAGAUCGGCGAUCUGAGCACAGAGAUGAUCACGCAUGGCUUGCAGAGUUUUGCACAGGCGGCGGGCGUGACGUUGCAUGUCGGCUGCACGUAUGGAGAUAACGACCACCACCGUGCGGAGAGCGCGUUCAAGGCUCUUGCUGUUGCUAUUCGAAAUGCUUGCAAGAGGAGAGUUGCCGGAGAUGUUGGGGCUGGGGAUGUUGUUAGUACCAAGGGUGUUCUGUAA